AAAUGAGAAGGGGAUUACAGACCAUAGCGGGUGGGGAAUGAGUCGUGCUGGGCCGAACGAUUGAUUGUAGUGUUGUUACUUCGUCUUGUGUGAGGUUUUGUGUAAUUCUGUGUUAUAUGUUCAUUGGCUAAUUAGGUUGAUAUUUGCGUGUUGAGAUUUAAAUCAAGCUGGGAGCUUUUCAUCCUGAGGUCUUUAGUGUUUAAUUCCCUGUAUGUAUUGACUCUGGUUUAUAAUGUAAGAAGGUAUUGAAAUCGUUGAAAAAGUAAACAUUGGUGCUACAUGCUAGUUUGGUGCUAUAAGUGUUCUUGUGUAUUGUGUUUGUGCUAAUGAAGGUAUUACUAAUAAUGGAAUGUUAACAAUCUCCUAAUAAGUAUUAGCAAAAUCUCAUUUUACAAGGAGUAUUAAGAUUGAAGUCGAAUUCAAAUUCUACAGGACUGUCAUGGAUAGAAUAAAAAAGUGAAAUUUUAUCCAAUAAAUUGGAUAUUAGUGUUUAUUAUAAAUUCAAAUGCCAAAAGUGUGAGAAUAUAUAUUAAAGUGUGUGAAAAGUGGGGUAUGCUUAGUUAGUGCUGUACUAGGAAUACUUGGUGUGUGUAAGGUGAAGGGGCCAUAUAAGUGUGUGUAGGGGCCAACAAGGGUCAUGGAAGGGGACAGGAGUUAUACUGGGAGCCCAGGCCCAAAUAAGAAAGUCACUUGGAAGGAACCUAUUGAACAAGAAUAUAUGGCUAAAGCCAGAGAUUUGGAGCGAGAGUUGCGGUCCCUCACGAUCGAAAAAGCUCGCGCCGAGGCUACUCUGGAAGAUGUGCAGGUUCGGGUAACAAGACAGGACGAGAAUAUUACCCGUCUACGUGGAGAAAAUGCAAACUUGAACCAUGACCUUGACCAGCUUAUCAACGUCAUCAGUACUGCACGUACCACAGGAAAAUGGGAGGUUGAAAAUGUUCGAUUUCGGGAACUCACAGUUGAACAAGUUUUUGGCUCCAUGCAUGAGGCCUUGACACGAAUGCGAAUGUCUGAUGAUGGUUCACGAGAUUCUCGCGACCUGCGUGAAGCCAUACAGAAGAAAGACGAGCUAAUCGGUCGACUUCAGGCAGAUCUUGACAAAGAACGACAGAGACAGAUGCGUCUUUCAUCAGAGCAGAGACCAUCUGAUCCACAGACUAGUCAGUCAGAAAAAGAUUACGCCAUCAUGAAGUUGAAAACAGACGUUCGUCGUGCAGAACAGAGAGUUGAUGAUCUCAACAUGGAGGUGACUAACAGGGAACGUAAGAUCGCCUCGAUGCAAUCUCAGAUAUCAGAUCUCCAUGCGGAGCUAGCGCGUUCCGAGACUGAAUAUGGCUCACAGACGCACCUUCUGAAAAUGCUACAAGAUAAACAACGUGUUCAUCAGGGAGAGAUUCAGAAAUCCGACGAUAUUAUUCGCCAACUUCGGGAUGACCUGGCUCGAGUCAAGGAGGAAUGUUCACGCUCAACUCAUGAUUCAUCUCAUUAUGAGCGUCGUAUUCACACGCUGGAAUCUGAGCUGAAAGACUCGAAGGAGCAACGCAGGCGAGCCUUGGAGGAGAUUGGUCAGCUGCAGGAUAGACUGCGAGACGGCCAGACCUCCGGUAAGGACCACCACACUGUAUUGAAGUCAGAGCUCGCACGUCGGGACGAGACGAUUCAAAAACUCCGUCGGGACGUUCUCAGUCUUCAAGAAAAACGUGAUGCUGCAGUCUCGGAGCUGGAUCAACAGACAAAAAAUUACCAUAUAUCGGAGGAUAAGGUUAAACAUCAGCUAGAGGAGCUCCAUAGAGUAGAAGGCAGAGUUAAGUCCCUUGAAGAUGAACUGCACAGCUCAAAGAAACAACUUGAUGAUGCAAAGACAGAAGCGAGUGAAAGUGUAACUAAAAUUGCACGCAAAGAAGGCGAACUAACGUCACUGCGUGCUAAGCACGCUGAAGCGUGUGAACAGAUUUCGAUGCUUACAAACAGUCUUCAGAAAAUGCAGGUCUCGUCCACAGACACUCGCGAUGCCCUUACGUCAGAGGUUGAGAAAUUAAAACGUGAAAGGGCUGAAGUCGCUGAGAGGCAUGACGUUAUCGUCAAACUUCGUAACGAGAAUCGGGAAAUUGAGGAGAAACUGCGCGAUGCUUUAGGAACUGCUCAACAUCGCGGAGACGUAAUUAAACAACUGCGGGAUGAGGUCAAGGUCGCUAAUACAAAGGUAGCAGAGGGUGACCGCAGGUUGGAACACCUGGAAAAGGAGCUGCAACAACUCCAUGGUCGCUUCUCCUCAUCAACGAGAGAGAUUGAUCGUCUACAAGUGAGCCUCCAAGAACGCGAGAUUGUGACCGGCCAGGCAGACACGCUCUAUAGAUCCAAACUGACGGACAAGGAGGAAGAAACUGCCAGACUUAAGGCCGAAAUAAACAUACUACAUGAGAAACUAUCUCAGACACAAGCUCAGCUGGUCUCCCGUGAUGAACAAAUCUCACGUCUGCAGGCGAGUCUCCGAGAAGCAGCAGACGAGGGAAGUAAGAAAGACAUGGCCCUUCAGAAACUUGACAGGGAACUCAUGAAUGCCGAGGAUGUCAGAAAUAAGGCUGAUGACAGUUUGUCACGCCGUGAAAUCACCAUUCAGCAGUUGGAACACGAGCUGUCACAGGUCAAGGCCCAGUAUCGAGAGGCCGUUGAAGAAAAUGGCCGCUUAGAGGCUCGUAUUCAGGCCUUCGCGAUUAAUGCUCAGAGCGAGCAGGAUGUCUUGAACUCUGAGGUGAAGCGCCGUGAGGAUGCGAUGAAGAGACUCAAGAUGGACUACGUCAACCUACAGGAGAUCAAUAACAAGCGGGAAGAAAAGUUUUUGGAAAGUGGAAUCAACCAACUUGAGCGAGAAAUGGAGCAGCACAAAAAUCAGCUCCGUACUGCCAACACUGAUAUUGAGAGUAAGAAAAGCAGCAUUACGAGCCUGGAGUCCCAGGUGGACGAUUUGAAGAAACGCAGCUCCAACCAGAUGGAUGAGAUAAACAGGCUGGAGGAUCAGCUCCGUAACAUGAAUAUCGAAAACACCUCUGCGCAGUCAAAGAUUGACCAAUUGCAGUCUAAUUUGAAUAACAAGGAUGACUUCAUCCAGCAACUAAAGGCCGACUUGGCCUCCAUACACAGGCAGCAGAAGGACACAACAGAAAAGGUGGUUGUCAGAGAUGACACCAUUCAAAAACUCAGCGCAGACAUCGGCCGUCUGAAGGCCAAGCAUGAAGAGAAGGCCCAUGAGUGUGCCAAGCAGACGGAGAUCAUUAAGAAACUUCAAGACGCCCUCACACAGUGUCACUACGACCUGGACGAGUCCAGGAAAAAGGGCGAGGAAGAGAAAUGCCGUAAAGAUGAUGAAAUACGUCACUUGCAAGAGGACCUUCAAGAGUCACAAGCACAAUACAGCAAGUGCUAUAAUGACAUGUUGAAGGCUGAAGACGAUAUUGAGAAGUUGAAGGGAGAAAACUCAAAUCUGAACAAAGUUGGCCAAUCUACAUCGGAUGAGUUGUCUAACCUACAGGAACAAGUCCAUCAGUUUGAGCUGGACUUGACCAUUUCUCAGGAAAAACAUAGGACAUGCCAGAAAGAGGUUGCCAGUCGAGACCAGGCCAUCUUGAAACUGCAGACCGAUCUGGAUACUACGGCAGAAAAAUAUGCAGGCGCUGUAGAAGAGUGUAAUCUACGAGAGGAGGAAGUUGGCCGACUGAACGGCAAGGUUAAACAACUCCAGCAGGAAAUACGCAACCUCAAUGCUGAGAUGGAGGAGAGGGAUGUUAGGGGGGUUCGGGACCAGAAAACCAUCCAGCAAUUACAACAUGAUCAGGAAAUUACUUUGCAAGAGAUUAAGAACCAUCUAAGAACCAUAGAGCAGAUGAAAACAGACAUGCAAGUCAUGAAACAGACACAUAACAGCGAGGUGAAAAGAUUCCAGGGCGACGUAGAAAUUCUCAGGUCCGAGCUCACGGCCACAAGAACCGAUCUAGAGGAUAGCCAGCAGCAGGGGAUGGACAUGUCAGCCAAUAUAAAGGCGUUGAAUGAUGAACAGGAUCGACUGAGAAAUAUGCAGGAGGAGACAACUAUUGAGAUGCAACGCCACCUUGACACCAUCAAACACCAGGACAAGACAAAUUCAGACCACAAACAACAAGUGCUCGUGCUAGAGGACCAGUUGAACAAAGCGAGGGAAGAGUUACAGGUCCUCGACACAACGCUUACACAGUACAAACAGAAAUACAGCCAGAGCAGUCAACAGGUAACUCAUCUUGAUGGCACCGUCAAAAACCUCCAAGAAAAACUAGCUGAGUCUCGUAACAGAGAACUUGAAAAAGACAGCAUUAACGAUGCCCUCCGCAACGACAUCGAUAACCUCAAUAAGAUGUACGCAGAAAGCAAACAUGAGGUGGAGAAAUGCGAGGACGUUAUCGAGCAGCUUACCACCGAGCUCAAUCAGGGUCAGGAGGAGCUUUCAUUAGCGCAGACGCGUAUUCUGGAGGCAGAAGACAGUAUUAAAAAUUUGAAGGAUAAGAACGGGGCUUUGCAAGAAGAGUCAUACAAGUUUGAAGAGAGAUCAAAACGUCUCGAGAAUGAGCUGCUAACAUACCGCGGAGAUCACAACCACUGCGACCAAGAAUUCAUCGAAAAGGAAGAGCGAAUAACUCAGCUGGAAUACACGCUCGAUGAAACUCAGAACGAGCUACACAAUAAGUUACGAGUACUUUCAGAUCAUCAGGACCAACUGAAUGAGCUCAAGAUUGACUUUGCUGGUGUCCGAGAACAGAAAAAUGCUGCACUCAAAGAGAUUGAUAGACUGGAACAGAACUGCGGCCAACUCCAAAUGAACCUAGCCUCGGCGCAGGCAAGACACAAAGACGAUGUCCGACAAUUAGAAGAUCAUAUCUCCAAACUGGACGGGAAUCUGCGUCAAUCCCUGGCACGUGUUACGGCUCUCGAGCAGGAGAUUGCGCGUAAGGAGGAUCAAAUUAAGCGUAACGAGCAAGAAAUUAAGGCGCUGAAGGAAAAUAUGCAUAACAAGAACGAAGAGAUUGAUAAGCUGGAGUCGAAUAUAAAAUGCCUGCGGAUGGAAGUGAACAGUCUCUCGGCGACCAAGAAACAAGCUGAAAUGAGGGUCGCAGAAUUACAGAAUGAUGGAGAUCAGCUCAAAUCUGACUUGGGAGAGGCCCGAGCCCAGUACAAGGAUUGUGCACAGGAGCUUGCUCACCAUGAAGAGAAGCUGAUGUUGAUGGAACAGAGCCUUCUGACGACACAGGAACAGCUGAGCCAGCGAGUCACCGAGGUCGUGAGACACGAACAGAUUAACAGGAAACUGGAGAUGGAGCUGAAGACACUCCGAGAUCGUAACGCCAACUCUGAAGAAGAGAUCGAUGAACAGAAAUCUGUGAUAGACAAACUACGUAAGGACUUGAUGUACGUGAAGGAGGAGCAACAUGCUGCUGUACAGGAGGGUCUGGCAUAUAAACAACAGUCCCACAAGUGUCAGGUGGAGCUGGAAGGGGCGAGGGAACAGGAGAAGAUGCUUACUGAACAGGUUGAGCAACAAGAUACAAUCCUCACACAGCUACAGAACGAGCUACGGGGGGUGAGAGACCGACACGAGGAGACCGCCCACUUGCUUCAAAACGCCCGCAGAACCAACGCUGACCUUGAAGACUCACUUGAUUCCAACCAGAAAGACAUUAAGGAAUUGUCUAACAAGCUGUUAGAGAAGGAAGAUCUGGUGAAGAAAUUGCGGGAUGACUUGGAAGGUCAGAGCAAGCGUAUCCAGGUUCUGAAGGAGGACAUGGCAGAGAGGGACGGACAGCUGCAUGUGGCCAAGAUGAACCUGCAGCAGGAGCAGAAACAACGGCAGCUACAUCAACAAGAGAUUUCACGUUACGAGGAGACUUUACACCAAAUGCAGGCGGACCUUGAACGUAGCCAAGACAACUACAGGAAGGCACACGCCCAGUUACUGCAGCAUGAGGAAAGACUGCAUGAUCUUAAGGUCCAACUGACAACUGUCCAAGGUAACCACAAGGAGUCCAUGGAACAGCUCGGGGAUAAGAGUCAGCAGGUGGCCAUGUUGAAGAAUGAGAUCGCGCGCAUGCAGCAGCAGAAUGACGCUAUGGCUGAUGAUUUGGCAGACUUUGAGCAGAAGACCCAGCGCCAAAAGGUUGAACUGAAGAAGCUGCAGGAGCAUGGAAGGGCCUCUGAGCAGGAAUUAUCGGGAAUUGAGGCCCGGUAUAAUGAACUCCAACAGGACGCCAUACAAUCACAGGAUAGGAAUAGACAGUCUCUACAGGAGCUCUCCGCCAAGGAGGAAGAAUUGGUCUGUGUGAAGGUGGAGCUGUCUGCUCUUCAGGAGAAGUACAAGCUGAAAUGCUGUGAGUCUGAAAAAAUCUACACAGAGGUUGAUCUGAUGCGUCAAAACUACCAGAGCGCGAAUGAGGAGAUCAAGGGCCUACGUAUGGCGCUGGAAGAGUCACGCACCAAUGGAGAUCGACUACAUAAGGAGAGCGAGCUUGUUGUACAGAAUGUCAACACCUGGGUACAGGAACAAAAACAUGCUAAUGAGAAGCUCGGUAACAAGAUCCGGGAACAGAGCAAGGCCAUUAUGCAGUUGACAGCUGAGAAAGAGCAAAUGUUGGAACAAAUCAACAAGUACCAGAAGCAGAACAAUAAGUUGAAGAUUGAACUGGAUGAGAGACGAAACGAGUCUGAGAGAUUCAAGGCGCUACAGAACCAUUCGUCACAUCAACAGGUGCUUCUGAACCAGCUACGAUCCAGGCUUGAGGAACAUGAAAUGGAACAAGACCAGGAAAUGUCCAGUAAGAUGGCCACCAUAGAAGACCUUCACAACAGACUUAAGAUUAACAUAGACAAUAUUCAACAGCUCAAUUCACAGCUUAACUCGCUACAAAAGGACAAUGUGCGCCUACGUAGCGACCUAGAACGAGAAAUUGGCACUCGGCAGACCUUAGAACUGCAGAUAGAAAGUAAAGAACAGACAAUAAACAGUCUGAAGACGCAGCUUGACGCGAAGAAACACCUCCUUAUAGAGCACUCAUCACCGAUCAAGGAUCCUGAACGCGCUAGACACUCCAAACCUAUUGAAAAUGAAAAGACUCGUGCAGCAUACAAGAAGGUGAUGGAGGAAAAUGGAGUGUCCGACCCGAACGCCAUGGAUAAAAACUACUGGAUACAGCGGGUUGGGGAGUUGUCCAUUCAGCUACAACAGAGCAGCGAAUACUGGUCAGACAAAGUUCGAGAACUUACCCAACAACUAGGCCAAGCAAAAUCCCUUGUAGCCAGCCCAAGACGAUAACACAGUCCUCCCUGCUUUUAGCAAGAAAAUCAUCUGUCUGGCACCGUGGCACAAUUUUUACACAUUGACUUUGGUGAAAAUGUCUGAAAUAUGUUGCAUACAAACCCAUUGUUGGAUGUCAGGUCUUUUUUACCACACUGAAUAAGUUCGUCAGUUGAAAUUUUGAAUAAGAAAUUGGUCUGUGUACAUUUUCGAAUGUUUUGAUCUAGUUGAAGAAAGUAGGGUUUGACUGGUUGUUAAUGCUGACUGGUAGACUUGUUUAACGAUAGUUCAUUACAUGAAUGUAGACAUUUUACUGUCAUUAAAGGGCACUUUGUUGAUUAUUCUAAUUCUGUUUUGGAUAAGUUGAGCUUUAUUUUGUCUCGAUUCACUGUCCAGUUGGACUGCUUUGAGCUCUGUGGUUUUUAUCCAGUCCUCAACACAUGUUUUGUUUGUUUUUAAAUUCUGAUUGUACGAUUCUUGUAUCAAUGAUAUUUAUCAUUAUUGAUAUUAUGAUCUGCAUCAUUAUUUUAUGAUCUGUAUUAUUAAUUUUUGACAUAUAUUUCACAGAAUAAUUGACUGCACAGUGCACAAAUAUUGUCUCAAAAAAUGUUUGAACGUUUGUUCCAAGUUUGCACAAAUGUUGCAACGACUCUCCUUGUUUCGUGAAAUGUUGCUUCAUGGGUGUGCGAAAUUGUCUGUAAUGUUUGAAUGUGAAAUUGUUUAAAAUUGUGCCUUGGUGACAUAUGCAGUACCAUUUUUAGGGGUGAAAGUGAAAUUGGUCUUAGUAACAUUAAACGAAGAAGGAAAUAGUUUCAUUUUCACCCCUCAAUUUCCAUUGUCAGCUAACAUGAUACUUUUUGCCUUUAUACUUCAUACAUGCUGUGGGAAAAUUGACUUGACUGAUGAAAUAUUGUUUAUAUGAAUAUGCAUAAGGCCGGGGAAACCACUCUAUUUCCACCUUGUAUUGACAGUUGUCUCUACUGGCGAGUGGCUGAAGUGGCUGUUUUCAAUUUGAAGUAAUCUGGUGGACCCCGUUCAAUUCCAGCUUUCUAUGGGAAAACAUUAGGAUGAGUGUCUAUGCAUAUUUCCUGCCUCAUUAAUCAUUCAUGAUUUCAAAUAGCCCACAGUACACAAAGAAGCGUAGAGCAGUAGUGAAUCAGUGGUAUCUGACAAUGUCAAUUUCAAGCAGGUUGUAGUUUUUAAUCUCAACAAAACCAAGAACCUCAGCUGAAUGUUUGAACGUGUACCAUUAUAAUACCUGUUUAAUGAUAAUAUUAAAACAUAGGAUGUGUCUUAUUUUUUUAUUGGUGAGUAAUUAUGUUCCAGUUGUGUGAAUGUUUGUUCAUUAAAAAUCACUAGAACAUAAAUCAGUAUUUACCAAUACCUGAUAAUUGAAGGACCAUACUUCAAAACCAAAAUUUAUAUAGUUAACAUUCGCUACUAUGGUGGAAACCUGUUGUCUUGAUUUCCCAGAGACCCGCCAAAAUAUCUUGAGCCUCGCAAAUAUCCAUAUAUCAAGGGAAUGGUUACAAAGAGUAAAACCAAAUCGGCCCUUUACAUCCAGUUCGAGCGAACUUGGAAAUCGAGUCAAGCGAUAUUGCGUCAACAGGUUUCAUCCAUCACUGAUUUAUAUUUGACAUGCUAUGCAUUUGAGUAACCAAAUUUAUUGAAAGGUAUUAAUAUUGUUGAAUUGCUCACAAGAAUUCUGCUGUAUUUGAAAAUUGUGAUAUGUUUUUUUUGUUUGAUGUGUGUCUCAAAAUGUCUGUGAUCUAUUAUUUUUAUAUUAUUUCUUAGUUUUAAUUGUCAGCUCUAUUUAUUGUUUUAUUUAAAAUUGUUUUAUUUAUACUUAAUAAUAUAUACCAAACCAUUUUAUUUGAUGACAAAUAAUCUCAUGUUUAUGUCAAAAAAAUUUGAGUUUUAUUUUGACAUUUAGUGACCAAAAUGUAAUAUCAGUCUGUAAAAGAUAUAUAUAUAUAUCUCAGAUAGAUCUGAAGAAAACUAUUCCCUUUCGAUGGUUCUUAUUAAAGGGACUAGACACCAGAUGGUCCCAAAAUCGACAAAUACAGUAUUUCCUCAAAACAAGCCUAGAAUUGUCAAUAGAAGUAUUCAAAGGUCGUAUUAGGCCGAUAAUACAUCAUUUUACUUGACUUUUCGAUGUCUCAACUAAUUUAACCCGUUGAAAAAACAGGACAUAACAGUUUCUCAGUUUAUAGUGUGUAUAUUUAACAUGCGAUAGUUACAUGAUUAGUACAGAUACAUCUACCGACACUAUUUUUAAGACAAAUACAGUAAACAUGAAACUGCGAAAGAUACAUGUGUCUUCAGCAAUAUGAUACAUCAGUAAGUAAGAUUCAAUGCGUUGUACACAAUGAUAUCAGUUUUAUAUAAGUUUUUGACAAUAUCAUUUUUUCUUGCAAUGGAAUCAACUGGUGUCUAGUCCCUUUAAAGUGUUUAAGGGUUGUUAGAUUAUACUAUCAAAUCCAUCUUAGCUUACUUGUUCACUACCCAUGUACAAUAUUCUAUUUACUAGGUGAAAAGUUAAUUCCGUCCGUUUUAAUAUCGUGGUAUAUUUAUCAUAUUUACCUUGUGUCAUUUUCAUUUGUACUGUUUACAUUGUAUAUUUAUUAUUACUAGUUAGUUAAACUAAAUGGUUGACUGCCAGUUAAUUUUGUAUUGUGCAUGUUUAUACUGAACUUGAAAAUACUGUUUCAAGACUUAAAUAUAUAUGAAUGCAGUUGCUUAAAAGGCUAACUAGUACGAAGCAUGUAUUAUGCACUGCUUACAUGUUUGAAAUUUGCACCAUAUGUGAAUUAAACUUGAAUUAUUAUGCAAAUGCUUACAUAUCACCAAGUUUAUUUAAGUGAGGGAUUAUAAAUGUACUAUUUCUACAAUUAUUAUCAUAAUAUUAUUAAUAAUAUUAUUUUUCUGUUUGCAAACAAACAAAAUUUAUCUGUGAUGUUAGAUAAUUCUAGUAAUCCGGAAAAAAGGCUUAUUAGACAAAGUUAUAUUUUUCAAAUUUUCUAGAAAUUAAUAGUUUUAGGUCACAGUAUUUAGUAUGUUUUUUCUUACAGUAUGUGUUAUGUUCAAAUUGUGUGGCAAAUAGGCUGGUAGUUUAGGACUCUGCACAGUUUAGUAUGUGUAUUGCUACAAAUCAUGUAUAGUUUUACAGGAGAAUAUUACAAAAUAAAUAAGCCCUGGCCUCUUAGCUUAGGACAGGGGGCAAUAAAUGAG